AUGUACAUACUAAAAUUAAUUUUCAUACUUCAAUUAGUACAAAUUAACGGAAUGCAGAUAACUGAUACCCCAAAUAAAAUAAGAUCUAUUUCAACAAAACAUGAGGAUAACAGACAAACAAGAUGUCUUGGUAGUCAAGCAUCAAAUCUUGUCAGCCAAACAGUAGAUUUCUUUCAGAAAACAGAAGUUUUAAGUGAUAUCUUAAAAGGUCUGAAUGUGACCCAGUGUUCAAUAGACAAAAGUGCCGAGUAUAUAAGGAAGCAUAUAUUAAAUGGAUUGAUUGUUCAUCCUGAUUUACCUGAUUGGCAUUGGCAUGAAUAUAAGUCAGUCCACAAAAAGGCUUAUGCGACACCCCACCAAGAAUUGGACGCGCUUUCCAAGUGGCGCAACAAUCUCCGCAUAGUGGCGCAACACAACCGCGACUUUUUGCUCGGAAAACAGUCGUAUUCACUACACCUCAACUUUUUUGGCGAUUUGGAUGUAAAGGAGUACUUCAACAAAUUCCUGAAGCUGUUCCGUACGUUUUCUCUGUUCGAUCCGGCGGAGGACCCACACAAGACCGCCUACCGCAAAGCUUUGCAUCGUACUGUUCCUGAAUCGUUCGAUUGGCGCAGUAAAGGCUUCAAACCGAAACUUGAAGAGCAGCAUCACUGCGGAGCUUGCUAUGCCUUCGCCGUCACACACGCCUUGCAAGCGCAGCUAUACAAACAACAUGGCUUUUGGGGUGAACUGAGUCCCCAGCAGAUACUAGACUGUAGUUUCAAAGACGGCAACGCAGGCUGCGACGGCGGGUCGCUACGCGGAGCGCUGCGGUACGCGGCAAGAGAUGGACUCAUAAAGGAAUCCCAGUAUCCUUACGUUGGACAGGAUGGUAAAUGCAAGUACAACAGUCAGCUGGUAAGAGCUCGGCCGCGGAGGUGGGCAACGUUACCCAUGGGAGACGAGGCUGCGAUGGAGCAGACCUUAGCGACGAUAGGACCUCUGGCCGUGGCAGUUAAUGCUGCUCCCUUCACAUUUCAACUUUACAGGAGCGGUAUAUACGACGAUCUAUUCUGCUCACCGUGGCAGCUGAACCACGCGAUGUUACUAGUGGGCUACACUCCCGACUACUGGAUACUCCUCAACUGGUGGGGCAAGAAUUGGGGGGAGGAUGGAUACAUCAGAAUCAGACGAGGUCUCAACAGAUGUGGAGUGGCGAAUAUGGCCACUUACGUCGAAUUGUGAUUUUGGAAACAAUAAAUUACUUAAACAAAAG